UUUUCCUCAAUUUUUUUUUUCCUCCCCGCUCCUGUUCAGGGAGAGCUUUCGCGUGGCGCCUGCGAGGUUUUCUUCUCUCUCUCCCUCUCUCCUCUCUCCUUCUCUCUCUCUCCUGCGUGUGUAUGUGCGGUUGGUUGGUGGAUGCUGUAAUUUCGAGCAAUGAAAUCCAGAGCUCGGGGCUGUGGUCGGAAAGGGACCCCCGUCUCGUCACUCUCGGCCGGUUUGUGUGAUUUUGCUAAAAUGCAUCACCAACAGCGAAUGGCUGCCUUAGGGACGGACAAAGAACUCAGUGAUUUACUGGAUUUCAGUGCGAUGUUUUCACCUCCUGUCAGCAGUGGGAAGAAUGGGCCAACUUCUUUGGCGAGUGGACACUUUAGUGGCUCAAGUAUGUACAAUUUCUGUUUGGAAUUCAGUUGA